AUGUUGCGUGCUGCUGGAUCUUGUGGGUUUUCCGACCUGUGUGGACAAGAUUCUUGGUGUACUGGAACCGAUAUAGACAGAUUUUUCUCAAAGCACCUGGGAAACUAUGGUAACUCUCACGCACGCGUUCAAGGUGACAAGGUGACAAGGUGUGACACAGCAGCGCCAGGUCAACCCUAUCGUUGCAUACCAGCGCCAUUGCGACACCGAGAGCACCGCCUGGAGCAGGCACCUCAAGCGGCCAUCACCAAGAACUUCCCCCUCUCGGAGGUGGCCAGGCAUUGCAUCCCAGAGGACUGCUGGGUGGCGCUGAAUGGCAAAGUCUAUGACCUCACAGAAUUUAUGGACAGACACCCUGGCGGACCCACUACCAUCCUGGCGUGGGCAGGGAAAGAUGCCUCAAAGUUCUUCAACGAGAUUCACAAAGGUGUGAAGAUUGACUCUUACUUGCGGCCUGAAGCUUUUCUUGGAGACCUCGGCCUUGAUGAAAGUUUGAUGUCCGAGUCCUUCUGGCACACUUUGCGUGAAGCUCGAAUCACUGAAGUGAAGGAAGAACUGAACCGAAUCUUGGGCAAGACAGAGUUGCCCACAAGGCAGGAGAGUUUGUCGGUCUUGCUGAACGACAAGUCCUUGGAUCAAGAACUCAAGGCGAAGCUUCAACGAAUGGAGACGCAGAAGAGAGCAGCAUUGGAUGCAGGAGAUUACGAGAAGGCAGCGCAGAUAAAGAAAGACACGGACCAAAUGUUCCUGAAGCCAGUGGAGAUCAAGAAAACUGGUGACAUCACCUUGACGGAAGUGUCCGAACACAACAAGCCUCAUGAUUGCUGGGUUGCAAUCAACGAUGUGGUGUACGACCUGACGGAUUUUUUGCAGCACCACCCCGAGCAGCGCAAUGCCAUCUUGGCGUGGGCUGGUCGUGAUGCAACACCAAUGUGGAACAAGAUCCCCGGCAGGUUCCCCAGCAAGAACUGGAUGGAAUUCUACAUGCGGCCAGAGGCUGAGAUGGGAAAAGUUGCUCCGGAACCACCAGUCGAACCAAAAGAGAAGGAGAUUCUUCAUCUCCUUAUGGAGCUGCACAAGUUGGAAGGACCUUCGCAGGAAGAUAUCAAAGCGGCCAAGGCGGCUGCUGCGAAGGUGCCAGGCACAGCAGAUGUGCCCAAGGUUUCAGAAGCAGCGCGUUUCCCGCUUCUCGGAUGA